AUGAAGACAGCCAUGUUCUGUCCUCAUUUAUGCGCUCAUGCUCGAGCGUUGAAAGCCAAACCUUCGAUUGCUCAUGCGUAUUUUGAGAUUCAAGGACAGAAAGAAGGGCUUGAUGCUACAUACACGACGUACGAUCGCAUUGAGGGUAACAUUGUUCUAAAGGUAAUGGAAGAGACCAAGAUUGACCAGAUCAGAAUCACUUUUGAAGCGUUAACAAAAUAUCAAGGAUCCUCUGUUACCACUGUUAGACGUACGGUGCCUUUUGUUCCGGGUCGUCGAGGGGCUUCUCACACAUUCCUUCGCUUUCGACAACCAACCGACUCGAGCGAAUAUGCAAACUCAACAUACCUUGUGCCGGGGAAAGUCUACAAGUUCCCCUUUGCAUUCACGAUUCCUGCAAGACUCAAGUAUUGCAAGCAUGACACACAGCAUGACGAUGUGAAUGAUACACACUCUCUACUACCACCGACACUUGGAAGAGCAACCUCAAAUUUGCUGGACCUCAACGACAGUGAAAUGACCACUAAUGCUUGCAAAAUUACCUACGCUUUGAAGGCUUAUAUAUCACAAUGUCAAUCUUCGACCGAUACAUCACCCAGUAUUUUAUGUGACAUUUCAAAAACGAUUCGCGUCAUUCCUGCCACAGUUCUGGAUGUUUGUCGUGCCGAGAACCCCAAGAAACACAUCAUUCCUAAGAAUAUGAGGAGUGAGCGAACACAAGGCCGCUUACAGCUCAGAGCGGAGCAACCUGAGCCCGUUCAGAUCGCCUCAUACAAAACACAAAAUGAUGAUAUCGCUACCACCACAAUAAAGCUCCAAGUUCAAUACGACCCAGAGAAGAACGAGCAGCCCCCUCGCUUGAUUAAUUUGCGCUCCUCUUUGGAGGUUGCCACUCACUAUGCUACCGUCCCUUGGGAAGAUUAUCCAUCUGCCCAAGAUUUGAACACUUGUGAUCGCAAUCAAGAAGCCCGUGUUGUGACAGUUCCGCUUUCUUCAUUGGACUUGUCAUCUAUCAAAUGGGAAAAGAUUCCUUCCCUUUCGAACGCUCUUCCAGAAACAGAUGAAUCUGGGGUUUCAAAGCCAUGCAGUUACCUAGCAUAUGUUACCGUACCUGUCGUUAUGCCAAGCGAUAAACACUUCGUACCAACAUUUCACUCCUGUUUGAUCUCUCGCACUUACGCAGUUGGGAUAUCUCUUAACUACCGAUCUUCAUCGGCCUUUUGUUCUUCAAAUGUCAAACUUACUACAUCACUUGAGGUCGGCUAUGGUUGUUGA